AUCAAGAAAUGUCUUCUGUGCAGUGGCUGCUCAUCCUCCUCGCUUCCGCCGUGUGGAUGAACGUCUGCGGCUCCAGGGCCAUCCUCGACGUCGGCAAAGCUGCUUAUUACAGCUCUCCGUACACCCCGACGGAAUGCUAUGGAGUUGACCCAUCCCAGCUUCCUCCAAGCAACCUGUUCGCGGCGGCGGGCGGCAAUCUAUGGGAUGAUGGGGCGGCAUGCGGCCGGGUGUACACAGUGCGGUGCAUCAGCGCUUCGCAGUCUGUCCCUUCAAACUGUGCGAACGAUCGCCCAAUCCGGAUCAAGAUCAUUGACAGCGCCCUCUCAUCGACGUCCGCGGCAGCGGCGUACAAGCAGUCCGUUACUGGCGCUGAAUUGGUCCUGUCCGAGGUGGCGUUUAAAGCAAUUGCUAAGCCAUUCGCAGCUUCGAUCGACAUCGAAUUCCAAGAGGUUUGAUUCUGGAGAUAUGAUCGGUGAUCGGCUCAAUCUCGAAGAAAUCAUCGGGUGAUGAUGAUUUCAACUAAAUCUGGAGAUGAUCGGUGUUAAUGGUUUUGAUUAUGUAGGCGACAAAUCUAGAGUUUUUAAUGUAACCUGUGAUCUUAUGUAACCUGUUUACAACGUCUUUA